GUACUAGCCUUAAGACUAACCAGGGUUGAUGUUCCCCCAUCUGUCAUAAUUGGAAACCCAGUUUGGCUCAACUGUUCGUAUGAGUUGGAGAACGACGAGUUGUAUUCAAUCAAAUGGUAUAAAUCUAACGGAGAGUUCUAUCGAUGGGUUCCCAAAGACAUACCUCCGGGACAGAAGUAUGAGUCCAGAGGAAUACAUCUCGACUUAAAGAAAUCGAGUUUUGGGAAUGUAUUCCUAUCGAUGACUGAUCUGCACACCGAUGGCACCUAUCGUUGCGAAGUGAGCGCAGAAGCGCCCAGUUUUCAGACCGUUAAGAGGGAGAAAGAAUUGCGAGUUUACAGCGCUUGA